AGUUCCGGGAUAUACACAAAUGUCAAGAAUUUACACCAAAAUGGGUGGCAGCAUUAAUAGACCCAUAAAGGCAACGGAUAAUGAUGCCGCUGAGCACGAGCGUUUUGCGCUCAUCAGGGCUGGAGUUUUGGGGCUGGUUUUCGUGCUUGCAACAUGUGGCAACCUUUUCUUCUUAUUCACCCUCUGGAAGAGGAGAAAAAGAAACACAAGAACUCAGCUGUUCCUCUUGCACCUCUGCUUGGCGGACCUGGUGGUCGCCUUUUUCCAAGUCCUCCCGCAGUUUUCCAUUGAAAUUACGCACAGGUUCCGGGGGACAGAUUUCCUCUGCCGCUCCGUCAAAUACUUACAGGUGGUUGGAAUGUUUGCCUCUGCGUACAUGAUAGUGGCUAUGACCAUAGACCGGUACCAUGCUGUUUGUACGCCCAUGGUUUCCUUCUUGGAGGGCUCGUUUAGAAGGUAUAUCUCCAUAAGCGCAGCUUGGCUCAUCUCUCUCGCCUUCAGCUCUCCGCAGCUCUUCAUCUUCUCUCUCCAGGAGGUAGAAGUGAACCAGUACGACUGCUGGGCGACAUUUAUUGAGCCGUGGGGAAGCAGGAUCUACAUCAGCUGGAUCACUCUGGCAGUCUUUGCCCUGCCUGCUGUAAUUUUGCUCUACUGCCAAAUGAGAAUAUGCACAACAAUUUACUUCAACAUGAAGAGAAAGGCUCUACAAUCAGGGCGCACAGGCACGAAGGGGGUAUCCAACGCAAUGCUUAAGACUGUGAAGAUGACUUUUGUUAUUAUAAUGGCAUACACGCUGUGUUGGAGUCCAUUCUUUGUUGUACAAUUAUGGUCUGCCUGGAGUCCCAGUAGCGCACCUACACAAGGUCCAAUAUUUGUCAUCAUCAUGCUGCUGGCCAGUCUCAACAGUUGUACCAACCCUUGGAUAUAUCUCUACUAUAGCUGAAAAAAAAAGACUUUAAAGAAUGAACACACCCAAGAAGAGUACUUUUAUGGAGCCUGCAUUUGCAUAUGUCAUUUAUAGACUAAAUUCUCUCAUAUGAACUUGGGGUUACACGUUUGUCUUGUUUCUGUUUACAUUAAGUAUUCUUUCUGCAUUGGUGAGAUCUGCCUGACAAACACAUCUAUUGUGCUUAGAGGAAAAGUGUUUAAUAGGCUGCAUCAGCCAUGAAACAAGCUGAGACAAAGAAUGCAUCAAUAAGUAACCCAGCAUAACUUUUUUUUCUCAAUGGGCAUAACAAUAACUGCACACAGCAAAAGAAGAGGGAAGACACAAACAUUCAUUUUAAUUCUGAACACAUUGUAGAUAAAAACAGAACCUCCGGGUACUGGCUGUAAUUACUGGCACAUUUGAAUUUGAAGCACAAGACUAUUUGCGUAGAUUAUUGAAACAAACAUACAAAUUCAGCUAAAUAUUAAUACAACAACACAAAUGAAAAUUAAAGGGAGAAACAAAUCAUUCUGGGAUGUAAUUAUCAGUACCACUUAUUCUGUCUAAUUUGACACCCGUUUGCUUAUAGUUUCUCUUGUUUAGUGGUUUGUUCAAAACUUUUUAGGUUCCUCUAUGCAA